CUUUAAGUUUUAAGAAUGAACAAAUUCAGAAAUUACAAGUUGUGUCAACUUAAGAAAAUUCUGUUGAAACAGCAACACCACAAAAUUCUUUUUACAGUGUAGUCCGACAUUCAAAUGUUAAACUGCAUCAUGACAUCCAAGUGGGGUGAUGGUUAGAUGUCCAAAGAGCGCACCUAGUUUGCAGGUCGUGUAGACAUCCAGAAUUUGUCUUAUACGGACGGAUGCAAUAUAGACAUGAUCUGAAUGUCCAUCAGACGUUUUCUGGGUAGCUUUUAGAUAUCAGCUGUCAUUAUGAAUAUAAGAAUGUUGUUGUGUAAUCUUUCUAAUAUGAUCACAUUAACUACAGAAACAGAAAUGCCAGUACAGUGACGACAUACAUCAAAGGGAUUUCAUCUGUUAUUCACUUUAAGGAAUUAUCAAAACAUUUUAUUAUAGAAUUUUAAGAAUACAUAAAUUAACGGAAAGAGAAACAUUGUUAAAUUACAGACACUUCUAAUAACAACACAAAAAGAAAAUAUCAAAAUCAGUUUUGCUUUGCAUGAACUGAUAUGCAAAGUUAUCAAUUAUCUGUAGUUUAAACUUCUAUUUAUGUUUUCUUUUCUAAAUGUGAAUAGUGUAAACUCACCACUAGAGGACAAACACUCACACUGGCUUGGAUUUUGAAUCAGUUUAGUGACACACAUCAGAGGGAUUUGAUCUGUUAUUCUCUUAUUUCACUACAAAAUUCACUCAUAUUUAUGACAGAGCAUUUUCACAAAGGUUUGACUACUCAAGACUGUGACUUUCUGUAUGAGACUGACAUCUAGUGGACUUGUUUAUUAUAUGACUGACACACCUGUUAGCACACGUUUCAUAAACACAACCAGGAAAUACUUUGAGUUCAGAGAAACUGAAACUGUUGGGCUGUUGUGUGUUUAGUUUUAUUGUUUGUAAGUAAAUACGGUGAAAUGGCAGAAGCCAGUAUUUCAGUGAUUCAGGAUCAGUUCAUCUGUUCAAUCUGUCUUGAUUUACUGAAGGAUCCAGUGACCAUUCCCUGUGGACACAGUUACUGUAUGAGCUGUAUUACAAACUGCUGGAAUCAAGAUGAUCAGAAGAGAAACUACAGCUGCCCUCAGUGCAGACAGACCUUCAAUACAAGACCUGAUUUAAAUAAAAACACCAUGCUGGCUGAAGUGGUGAAGAUGCUGAAGAAGACAAAACUACAAGCUGAUCGUCCUGAUCACAGUUAUGCUGAAGCUGGAGAUGUGAAGUGUGACGUCUGUACUGAGAGAAAACACAAAGCCGUCAAGUCCUGUCUGGUGUGUCUGAACUCUUACUGUCAAACUCACUUUAAACUUCAUGAAAAACUUCACACAGGAAAGAGACACAAAGUGAUUGAUGUGACAGGACGACUUCAGCAGAUGAUCUGCCCUCAACAUGACAAACUUUUAGAGAUUUACUGUAAAACUGAUCAGCUCUGUAUAUGUUAUCUGUGUAUGGUGGAUGAAAACAAUGAACAUAAAACUGUAUCAGCUGCAGCAGAGAGGACUGAGAAACAGAAAGAACUAAAGGAGACGCAGAGAAAAUACCAUCAGAGAAUCCAGGAGAGUCAGAAGAAGCUUCAGGAGCUGAGAGAUGCUGUGGAGACUCAUAAGCGCUCUGCACAGACAGCAGUGGACGACACUGAGAGGAUCUUUACUCAACUGAUCCGAUCCAUUGAGAGAAGACGAUCUGAGGUGACACAGCUGAUCAGAGAUCAGGAAAAGACUGCAGUGAGUGAAGCUGAAGGACUCUUAAAGCGACUGGAGCAGGAGAUUGAUGAUCUGAGGAGGAGAGACGCUGAGCUGGAGCAGCUUUCACACACAGAUGAUCACAUCCAUUUCCUCCAGAGUUUCCAGUCUCUCUCUGUUCCUCCUGGAUCUACAGACUCACUCAGCAUCACUGUCAGCUCUCUCAUCUCUUUUGAUGAUGUAGGAAAAUCUGUGUCUCAUCUGAGAGAGAGGAGGAUUUCUGUAGAGAAGAGAUAGAGAAGAUAUUUGAUCAAAGUAAAGCAC